UCCAAAACCAAUCAGUAUCGUAACUUUCACUUCAACGCGCAUAUAUAAAGAAAUUAAAGGCCAGAAAAAAAAACCUAAUAAUUAUUUAUCAUAUUAUUAUUACAAAAUUCAACAGGUGUUUUUUGUUUUAUAACCCCUAGUAAUAUAUUUAUUAAUAAAACCUCUGUCCCUCUUACCAUCGCAAACGGGAUGUCUCAUUUAAUUGGAGUCAUAUUUUUCCUAGCAAUUGCGAACGUUUUUAAUCAAGUUUAUUGUUUACGUUGCUACACCUGUAGCUAUGUUGAUCCAAGUCCUGAUAAAUCAUGCAUUUCGAGUUUGGAAGCAGAGGGACAACGUACGACCUUGUGCUCGAAAAAAUACUGCACCAUUCAGCGACAGGAAACUUUGAAUCCAGUGGGAAAGAUUGUUUCGUUUAUCAGAGAUUGUCAGGAUAAACCAUUGUAUUUAAAUGACAUCCAAACCGACUCAACUUACAAAGUCUAUUAUCGCUCUUGUACAUCUGACCUUUGUAAUAAUGGUGAUGGUCGUCAAAUUUUAUCAGCAGCCGAUCCAGACUUUGGAGCUGGUGAGAAUUUAAUUGUCGAAGGAAAAAAUGGAUCCUUGUCAAUUCGGAAGCAGGCAACAGCGACAUCUAUAUUGCUAAUUCUACUGACAUGGGUUGCAUAUUUAUAUGUUUAGCUUAAUCAAACCUCUACUUAAUCACUUAAUUAAAUUUAUUUUCUCUCACAAUAUCCUU